AUGGCGGAGGCGCAAAGAAUUGUGGGAGAACAGGCUGCUUUGGAUCAGGAGGAAGAUCCAGGAGAGAAGAUGAAUGAACCAAUCUGCAGACAAACGGAGUGUUUGAAGAGAGAGGGAAAUGCGUCUCCUCAGGUCAUCCGUUCUAGAAGGAAAAUACCAAAAAGGAUAACCGCUCUGCAGGUUAAGGAGGAGCCAGAGGAAGAGCUGUCCCAAAGCCCAAAAACCCUGGAGUCCCCAAAGGGGAAGCAGUCCUACUGGAGCAACCGGCAGUUGAGAGACCCCAUGACGCCAUGGGAAGAUAUUAAGGCCUUCCUGGCCCAUUUUGAGGGCACCGAUGAGGCCAGCCGCUGGGUCGCUCGCUUGGUCCCUGGCCUUGGAGAUGCUGAGGAGGCCCUGCACAGUCUCGAUGUCAGGGAGAGCUUUGGGGAAAUGAAAGCGGCCAUCUUGCGAGGGGAGGCGAGCUGCCGGGAGUGGCAACGCCAGCGCUUCCGGCACUUCUGCUACGAGGAGGCCGAGGGCCCCCGAGAGGUGUGCGCCCAGCUGCGGGAAUUUUGCUACCAGUGGCUGAAGCCGGAGCGGCGGACCAAGGAGCAGAUCCUGGAGCUGGUGAUCCUGGAUCAGUUCCUGGCCGUCCUGCCCUCGGAAAUGCAGACCUGGGUCCGGGAAGGAGGGCCGGAGACCUGCGCCCAGGCGGUGGCCCUGGCUGAGGAGUUCCUGCUGCUGCAGCGACGGGAGGAUGAGAGGCAGGAAGAGCUGAACCCGGGGCUGUUUGAAGAAGGAGCCGUCAUUGGUCCCAAGGGCCAGCCGAUGGAUUCCAGACAUAUUCUUCUUAACAGAGAACCCAAGGAAGAGGGUUUCAGUGAGAACGCCAGCUUGCACGGUGAUAAUGAGGGAUCGACUGAAAAUGAGAACAUUUCUUCACAGGGAAAUCCAAAGCAAGUGGAAUUUCGUGGGGCGGUUCUCGGAAAAGCUAAAGACAUUUCCCGGCCUCAAGAUCCAGGACAACCUACAGAGAAACGGCACGGUCUAAAAAGGAAGCCAGGAACCAACCCGGUAAAAAAGGCAAGCUUGUCUGUUUUAGAAGGAGGCAGAGGAGAACCCAACGACACACCAGCUAGGCCCGCAUUUGAGAGCUCAGAAAUCUACGAUGGGAAUGAUUUUGUUGAGGGCUCGGAUUUCUUAAUCGAUGCCGAGGGCAAACCUCAUAAACGCUCGGAGUCUAGGGAAAUGUCUGGAGAGACCCCUGACAUUGUCCAGCACUGGAACGAGAAGCUGAACAGGUGUCUGAGCUGUGGGAAAAAUUUCCAUCAUGGUUUGAAUGGGGAUGAGGGAAACCAAAACCAUCUAGGAGAGAAGCCUGAUGAAUGCUCUGAAUGUGGGAAGAACUCUACCAAGGACUUGGGCCUUGUCGAGCAUGAAGAACCACACCCGGAAGAGAAGGUUUACGCCUGUGUAACUUGUGGGGAGAGUUUCCGUUUGUAUUCGAGCCUUAUGAAACAUGAGCGAACCCACGCACCCUUUGAGUGUGAAAAAAUGUCACGUCAGAGUGGCAGCCCGCUAACUUCCGAAAACGUGGCAGAGAAGCCAUAUAAAUGCCCCACCUGCGGCAAGAGCUUUAGCAAAAGCUCAGGCCUUCGGUUCCACAAGAGAAUCCACACAGGGGAGAGGCCCUAUGAGUGCGCAGAUUGUGGGAAAAGUUUCAGCCAGAGGUCCAACCUCAUCCUGCACGAGAGAACCCACACGGGGGUGAAGCCCUUCCGGUGCUCCGACUGCGGGAAGAGCUUCCUUCGCAGCUCAGACCUCGUGAGGCACGAAAUCACCCACACCGGCGAGAAACCGUACACCUGCUCCGAAUGCGGGAGGUCUUUCGGACACAACUCGACCCUUGUCGCGCACGAGCGGACCCACACGGGGGAGAAACCGUACAAGUGCUCCAUCUGCGGGAGAAGCUUCCGGCACCACUCGGGCCUGAUCAAGCACGAGCGGACCCACACGGGGGAGAGGCCUUACCCGUGCCCGGCCUGUGGGAAGGGCUUCAGUCAGAGCUCGGGGCUGACAUUACACAUGAGGACUCACACGGGAGAGAAACCGUACCAGUGCUUGGUUUGUGGGAAGAGCUACAGUCAGAGUUCAGACCUUAUUAGCCACCAGAGGACUCACGCGGGCGAGAAGCCGUACAGAUGCUUCGAUUGCGGGAAAGGGUUCACCCGUAGCUCAAACCUUAUGAACCACCAACGGACCCACACAGGAGAAAAACCAUACAAAUGCUUAGACUGCAGGGAGAGCUUCUCCCGUAGCUCGCAGCUGAUCAGCCACCGGCGAAUCCACACCGGCGAGAAACCCUACCAGUGCCCUGAAUGUCGGAAGUCCUUCAGUUUGCGUUCGCUCCUGAUUCGGCAUCAGAAAAUCCACACGGGGGAAAAACCAUACCAGUGCGCCGAAUGCGGGAAAAGAUUCAUUGAGAGCUCUGAACUCAUCACACAUGAGCGGACCCACACAGGUGAGAAGCCUUACAGGUGCAACAUUUGUGGGAUAAGCUUCUGUCAGAGCUCCAAUCUCCUGGCCCACAGCCGGACCCACACUGGAGAGAAACCCUACCGCUGCCCCAGCUGCGGGAAGAGUUUCAGCCGGAGCUCGAACCUCAUCGUGCACUUGAGAAUCCACACAGGGGAGAAGCCAUACAAAUGCCUGGAUUGCGGGAAAAGCUUCACCCAGGGCUCCUGCCUGCUCGGGCACCAGAGAAUCCACACGGGGGAGAAGGCCUACUCGUGUUCCUUCUGCAGCAAGAGCUUCAUUUGGAGCUCUGGCCUGCACCAGCACGAAAAGAUACACCUGGGCGAGAAGCCCUACAAGUGCCUCGAGUGCGGGAAGAGCUUCCACCGCAGCUCCGCCCUCACCGACCACGUGCGGUCCCACACUGGCGAGAAACCAUACACAUGCUCGGACUGCGGGAAGGGGUUCAGUCAGCACUCCAACCUCAUUGUGCACAGGCGGGUCCACACGGGGGAGAAGCCCUAUGCGUGCUCGAUCUGCGGGAAAAGCUUCACCCGCACGGCGCUGCUCAUGGCACACCUGCGGAUCCAUACGGGAGAGAAACCUUACAAGUGUUUAGUGUGCGAGAGGAGUUUCCGGGAGAGGCCGGCGCUUACAAAACACAAGAAGAUCCACACAGGGGAGAAGCCGUACAAAUGCGGCGAAUGCAGUAGGAGCUUCAACCAGAGCUCCGACCUCGUCAAACACGAGAGGAUCCACACGGGAGAGAAGCCGUACAAGUGUUCGGUGUGCGAGAAGCGCUUCAACCAGCGGUCCUAUCUCAUUGUCCACGAAAGGUUCCACACCGAAGAGAAGCCAUACAAAUGCUACCUGUGCGGGAAAAGCUUCUGUUCCAACGCGCACCUCAUGACCCACCAAAGAACUCACACUGGAGAGAGACCCUAUCAGUGCCCCGAUUGUGGCAAGAGGUUCAUCACCAGCUCGAACUUUGUGAACCACAAAAAGACCCACACGGAGGACAAACCGUACAACUGUUCUCUCUGCGAGAAAAGUUUCAAGCGGAGCUCAAACUUGAUCCAGCAUGAGCGGACCCACACGGGCGAGAAGCCCUACACCUGCUUGACCUGUGGGGAAAAUUUCGCCUCCAAUUCGGGUCUGGGGAAACACCAGAGAAGUCACACGGGGGAGAGGCCUUACAAAUGCUCCUACUGUGGGAAAAGCUUCAGCCAGAGCAUGAUCCUCACCCAGCACGAGAGGACCCACACGGGCGAGAAGCCGUGCAAGUGCCCUGUCUGCGGGAAGAGCUUCCGCUCCAGCUCGGACCUGGUGAAACACAAGCGGAUCCACACGGGCGAGAAGCCAUACAAGUGCUCCUUGUGUGGGAAAAGCUUCACGACCAGCUCGGACGUCGUAAAGCACGAGAGGACCCACACGGGCGAGAAGCCAUACAAGUGCGGGACCUGCGGGAAGAGCUUCAGCCAGAGCGCGCAUCUCAUGCAGCACCAGAGGAUCCACACGGGGGAGAAGCCGUACAUGUGCCUCACCUGCGGGAGGAGCUUCACCUGCAGCGCACACCUGGUGGUCCACAAAAGAACUCACAAGGAGGGGGAUGCCUUACAAACAUAAA